AGUCUGAAGCUGAGCAGGAACAGAGAGUAAGAAAGAAAAACAGUGAGAGAAAGAAAAAGCUGGAUACAGAGAGAAUUAAUCAUAGAGAAUAAAUACUUCACAAGGACAUCUCAGGAUGUGUGAAAUAUUUCACAAGUUCAUCUUGGGGCUUCGUGACUUCAUAAAGGAGUAUUUUCUUAGUUUCUGGGACUAUGAGACACCAAAGGUAAUGGUGGUUAAAAACAAAACCCUUGGAUUCAUAUACAGAGGUGUUCAGUUUCUUGUGAUCACCUAUUUCAUCUGGUAUGUCUUCAUAAGUCAGAAAGCCUACCAAGAGAGUGAAACUCGUCCAGAGAGCUCAGUUUACACGCUCAUGAAAGGCAUAGCAGUUCAUGGAGAUGAUAUCUUGGACACUGUGGAGUACGCUCGACCCUCAGAGGGUGGUGAUGUGAUUAGUACAAUAUUGAGACGAGAAGUUACCUAUGAUCAGAGGCAAGGAAACUGCGCUGAGCACUUCAAAGUUGCCAAUGCCAACUGUACGAGAGACUCUGACUGUGUCGAGGGAGAGGUUGACUUUGAUGGCCAUGGCAAAAGGACCGGCAGAUGUGUUCAGUACUACAACCACACCUUCAAAACCUGUGAGAUCCAAACAUGGUGUCCUAUUGAGGAGUACGCUGUAGUAAGAGAACCAGCAUUAGUGGAGGCCAUCAAUUUCACAGUGUUUAUCAGGAACUCCAUCCACUUCCCCAGAUUUAAAGUGCUGAGGGGAAAUAUUAAAGAUGCUGGAAACAAGCGUAACAUACAGAAAUACCUCAAUAAGUGUCAUUAUAAUGAGGAGAAAGAGCCCUACUGUCCAAACUUCCGCCUGGGUUACAUCGCAGAUCAAGCCAGGGAGAAGUUCAGUGAGCUCUGCAAGACUGGAGGAGUGAUCGGGGUUUUCAUCAACUGGAAGUGUAACCUGGACCUGGACUCUUCUCACUGUAAACCCACGUACUCCUUCCGCCGUCUUGAUCUCAGGAAGGAUCAGGUCAACUCUGGUUACUAUUACAGGUUUGCCAAAUAUUACAGUAAGGAUGGGGUAGAGUCUCGGACGCUCAUCAAGGCCUACGGCAUCCGCUUGGAUGUCAUAGUUCACGGACAUGCUGGUAAAUUCAGUCCCAUCCCAACCAUCAUCAGCACUGUGACGGCAAUGACUUCAGUUGGGAUUUGUGCUAUUAUCUGUGAUUGGAUCAUGCUGACUUUUCUUGACAAGAAUGAAGUCUAUAGUGACAGAAAAUUUGAUGAGAUUGUCAAGGAGCCCGCGGUGCCCAUUCCUACAGAGCUCAGCUACAUCAACAGCUACGGCUCAAACCAUUCAGACCUGUCAGACGGCGUACCGUUGUAAUGUCGUCAUGAGUGUGGACGCUCCUCUGAGUGGGGCCUCAGGAGUCUGCAGCAGCUCAGUUAUGGGCUGCCAGCGGUCGCCAUGCUGUUGUUAGUUGACAUUAACUGACAGAGAACCAGUGACAGAGGAGGCAUCAUCUGACAGACAGCUGGUUCUCUCAAAGUAUCUACCUGUGCAGUGAAUACAGCUCAUAUAUCAUCAUAAACCUGAUGGACCUGAACGUGUGUGACAAUGAAGUUAAUUGUUUCUCUUUCACUUGACAUCACUUGCAUUAACACCACUGCUUAUUUUCUAAACUAAACCAUUUCAUAAAAGCAAAAAGUAUCGAGAAACAUUACAAACUAUACUCAUUUCUAUCAGUGUAUUGUGGACAUUCAAUGCAAUAAAUGUCUUCUAUC